AUGACCUACAUGAGCAGCCCCUCCUGCCAAGUUGCAAGAAUCUCCAACAAAAGAUGGAGAAAGCAGGUUUCCUUUUCGGAAGAUCCCGUCACUGAGAUUCCUGAAGACAUUUUGGAAACUUACCAAGCAGAGUACUACGACUCCUGUGUGACGGGGUUUGUGUAUUGCAAUCGCCAAGUUCGCGCCGCUCGUACCCUUCAAAGCAUUGAGGAGACCAAGGCCGUGGAACUGUCCCGGAUUCAACAAGAGAAAGAAGAGCAAAUGGCGGCAGCAUUGGCAGAAUUUCAAAACGAGAUUCUAGACCAAGAACAAGACGAACCCCCACCAGUUAUAAUUACGGAUCGAGUAGAGGAAGUAGUUUCUUCCUGUGAAGAGAUCUCCAGUCUUUUGGACCAGUUUUUUGGAAGAACUGGGAAGUCAAGUGGCUUGGCAUACGAACGAGAUGAAAGUGCUGGAGAGGGAUACGGCAUUGGUUGCCCAACAAAACAAGAAAUUGGCGAGCUGCAUGGAUCGUGUCUCCCGGUUUCUUCUUGA